CAAUAAUUUAAACUUUAAAAUCAUUUUCAACUACUCUCAUGAAAACAAUCUGUCCCUCUGGAGGGGCUUUAGUUUAAGUGCAAAGCGAUAACAAAUACCAUUUGUGCAUAUAACUAGUGUCGGUCCAUGCUUUGAAAGGGCCAUCAUUAGCAAGGUUGUAAGACACAACAGCAACCUGUAAUGUGUUCCAUAUGUAGUAUUUUGAAACCUUUGUUUGGUUUCUAACUAGAGAGAGGAAAAAAAGAGCCCAUUUUAUUCUCUCGGGAUUUGUCUUAUAAGGUGCAUCAGGCUGAGUUCAGCAAGCAGAGGAGUAUUUCUCCUUGUCUAGCUGUGCUUGUUUACUGUUCCCUUAUAAAAACCAAAGGACUAGCAGUUUUCUUUUAUGAACGUGGACUGAGGGGAAAUAAAUAGCCCUUGCCGGAGAGGAAGGUCAAGUUCAAAGUUUUUCUUUCCUUUGGCUUCAGGAAUAAGCAAAUGGAAAGACUAGCCAAGCAAGCGCGCAGCAGGCAUCUGAUGGUUAAGCCCUCCCCCCAGGACUCUUUAUGUACAUAAGCAGAAGUCACUCGAGCAGCUGCGGCGCAUUAGUUCCAAUAGUUUAACAGGCUGCUUUGUAGCGCUGACAAAAGCCGCGCUAGCGCAGUGGCUUCCCUCCAUGUUCCUUUGCCAUGCGAGCUCGUCAGUGAUCUUCGGCAGGGGAUCGGCAGGGGAGGGGUGACGUUUAAUAGGCUUCCGCUGAGGAGUGCUUGCCUCGUCCACACCCAGCCCCAUCUCCACGGAGAGACUGAGGCAGGCGACCCGACGAACUAACAGCAGCUGGAUCCGACCUGCUUCCCCGGACAUUGCCCCGUCCCCUGAGCGAGGCAACCACUGGAAAGAGGCCAGGGAACCACACUGCCCUGGAUUAUUGCCAACUGUACAAAGUUGACCAGGAAUAUGGCUCAGCAGACGACAAGCCCGGACACCUUAACAGUACCUGAAGUGGAUAAUCCGCACGGUCCAAACCCCUGGCUGAACGAGGAUCUUGUGAAAUCCUUGCGGGAAAACCUGUUGCAGAACGAGAAGUCCAAGACAUCAAGGAAAUCGGUUUCUCCCAAGCUCUCUCCAGUGAUUUCUCCGAGAAAUUCCCCCAGGCUCCUGCGCAGGAUGCUUCUCAGUAGCAACAUCCCCAAACAGCGGCGUUUCACGGUGGCACAUACGUGUUUCGAUGUGGACAAUGGCACAUCUUCGGGACGGAGUCCCUUGGAUCCCAUGACCAGCCCAGGAUCCGGGCUAAUUCUCCAAGCAAACUUUGUCCACAGUCAACGUCGGGAGUCCUUCCUGUAUCGAUCCGACAGCGAUUAUGACCUCUCUCCAAAGUCUAUGUCUCGAAAUUCCUCCAUCGCCAGUGAUAUACAUGGAGAUGACUUGAUUGUGACUCCAUUUGCUCAGGUCUUGGCGAGCCUGCGAACUGUUCGAAACAACUUUGCUGCAUUAACUAAUUUGCAAGAUCGAGCACCUAGCAAAAGAUCACCCAUGUGCAACCAACCAUCCAUCAACAAAGCCACCAUAACAGAGGAGGCCUACCAGAAACUGGCCAGCGAGACCCUGGAGGAGCUGGACUGGUGUCUGGACCAGCUAGAGACCCUGCAGACCAGGCACUCCGUCAGUGAGAUGGCCUCCAACAAGUUUAAAAGGAUGCUUAAUCGGGAGCUCACCCAUCUCUCUGAAAUGAGUCGGUCUGGAAAUCAAGUGUCAGAGUAUAUAUCAAACACAUUCUUAGAUAAGCAACAUGAAGUGGAAAUUCCCUCUCCAACUCAGAAGGAAAAGGAGAAAAAGAAAAGGCCAAUGUCUCAGAUCAGUGGGGUCAAGAAGUUGAUGCACAGUUCCAGUUUGACUAAUUCAAGCAUCCCAAGGUUUGGGGUUAAAACUGAACAAGAAGACGUCCUUGCCAAGGAACUAGAAGAUGUUAACAAAUGGGGUCUUCAUGUUUUCAGAAUAGCAGAGUUGUCUGGUAACCGGCCUUUGACUGUUAUCAUGCACACCAUUUUUCAGGAACGGGAUUUAUUAAAAACAUUUAAAAUUCCAGUAGACACUUUAAUCACGUACCUUAUGACCCUGGAAGACCAUUACCACGCAGACGUGGCCUACCACAACAAUAUUCAUGCCGCGGACGUUGUGCAGUCGACGCACGUGCUGUUAUCUACGCCUGCUUUGGAGGCUGUGUUUACAGAUUUGGAGAUUCUUGCAGCAAUUUUUGCUAGUGCAAUACAUGAUGUAGAUCAUCCUGGUGUGUCAAAUCAGUUUCUGAUCAAUACAAAUUCUGAACUUGCCUUGAUGUACAAUGAUUCUUCUGUCUUGGAGAACCAUCAUUUGGCCGUGGGCUUUAAGUUGCUUCAGGAAGAAAAUUGUGACAUUUUCCAGAAUUUGACCAAAAAGCAAAGACAAUCAUUAAGGAAAAUGGUCAUUGACAUCGUACUUGCAACAGACAUGUCAAAACACAUGAAUCUACUGGCUGAUUUGAAAACGAUGGUUGAAACUAAGAAAGUGACAAGUUCUGGAGUUCUUCUUCUUGAUAAUUAUUCUGAUAGGAUUCAGGUCCUUCAGAGUAUGGUGCAUUGUGCAGACCUGAGCAACCCAACAAAGCCUCUGCAGCUGUACCGCCAGUGGACAGACCGCGUAAUGGAGGAGUUCUUCCGCCAAGGAGACCGAGAGAGGGAGCGGGGCAUGGAGAUAAGUCCCAUGUGUGACAAACACAGUGCCUCUGUGGAAAAGUCACAGGUGGGCUUCAUAGACUAUAUUGUCCAUCCUCUCUGGGAGACGUGGGCAGACCUCGUCCACCCUGACGCCCAGGACAUUUUGGACACUUUGGAGGACAAUCGUGAAUGGUACCAGAGCACAAUUCCUCAGAGCCCCUCCCCAGCGCCUGAUGACCAGGAGGAGGGCCGGCAGGGUCAAACCGAGAAGUUCCAGUUUGAACUAACUUUAGAGGAAGAUGGCGAGUCAGACACUGAAAAGGACAGUGGAAGUCAAGUGGAAGAAGACACUAGCUGCAGUGACUCCAAGACUCUCUGUACCCAAGACUCGGAGUCCACUGAAAUUCCCCUUGAUGAACAGGUGGAGGAGGAGGCAGUCGGGGAAGAAGAGGAAAGCCAGCCCGAAGCCUGUGCAAUAGAAGAUCCUUCUCCUGACACGUAACAGUGCAAAGACUUUCACGCCUUUUUUUUUUUUUUUAAGUAGAAAAAUUGUUUCCAAAGUGCAUGUCACAUGCCACAGCCAUGGUCACACCUCACUGUCAUCUGCCAGGACGUUUGUUGAACAAAACUGACCUUGACUACUCAGUCCGGCGCUCAGGAAUAUUGUAACCAGUUUUUUCACCUCCAUGUCAUCGGAGCAAGGGGGACGUCUUCACGAACAGCAUUUUAACAAGAUCUCAGCUUGGUAGAGCUGAUGAAGCAGAGAAAAUCGACUCCAAAAUGUUUUCAAGAGAGUGUGGCUCAUCAGGCAGCCGAAAAGUUGAUAAGGAUUUGAGGUUUUUCUUUUUAUUUGUAUGCAAUAUUUUCAGCAGAAAGAAGGCAUUACACAGACAGAGUGAACUAAUGGAUGAAGCAACAAAUGGGUCAGGAGCAGGACACAGCAUGAAUCUGUUACCAGGAGGAAGAUGAGCCACAGAAAUUGCAUAAUUUUCUAAUUUCAAGUCUUCCUGAUACAUGACUGAAUAGUGUGGUUCAGUGAGCUCACUGACCUCUACAUUUUGUAUGAUAUGUAAAACAGAUUUUUUUGUAGAGCUUACUUUUAUUAUUAAAUGUAUUGAGGUAUUAUAUUUAAAAAACUAUGUUCAGAACUUCAUCUGCCACUGGUUAUUUUUUUCUAAGGAGUAACUUGCAAGUUUUCAGUACAAAUCUGUGCUACACUGGAUAAAUCUAAUUUACGAAAUUUACUUGCACCUUAUAGUUCAUAGCAACUAACUGAUUUGUAGUGAUUCAUUGUUUUAUAUACGAAUGACUUCCACAUUUUAAAACAAAACCCAACUUUAUGUUGCAGGAAGCCCUUUUUGUAGGUCUUCCUUGACUUUGCUUUUUGUUUGGGUCUUUUUAGAUAAGCAGAGUUGCUCUCCACUGACAUUUCUCUUCACAGUGUGCAAAGUGAGUAUUCGUUCAGUCAUACUCUGAUGUGCGUUCCGUCUAACGUGUCUUAAGCCUCAUGGACACUCACGCACCAGCUGGUGUUGUCUGAAGCAAGUGAGAGAUAUAUAAAUACCCAGUAGCUAAAACGGGCCGUCGUUUUUAGAUAUUUUCCAACUUAGUGUCUUCUGAUAACCUUUUGCUGUGUCAUUAGACCCUCAUUUCACAGGUGCAUGUGAAUAACCCACACAUUUCAUGCUCAUUUUUAUUGUUUUCACAGUCAGUUAUAGUAAGAAAAACUUUUUCCCCUUCUGCUGCUUUAUUAUUUAGCGUGUGUUUGAACCUCUGUCCAUGUUCAUUAGAUGGGGUCUAUCAAAUAUAUCACCACCAUUCUGAUUGAUGAAAGAUACAAUCCAGUUAGAGUUAGCAUUUAUUUCUGCCAUGAGGCCAUAUAUAAUGACUAGCUGUUACUCUCUUGAUUUACAGAGAAAAGUUAACGGCUAGCUAGGCAAUUUUUAACAAUAUUAGCAGAAUAUAUUAAUGUACACCAGUACAACUAAUGCUCUUUUGUUCCUAUGGUUUCACCAUGGGAUUAAGGACUAUAGGAGGAAAAUUCUUGAGACGUGAUUUUAAGUGUAGCAACUACUCUUUCUUAAUGGACAGCCAUGUAACCUGUAGGAAUUGCUUUAUCAGUUAUCAUUGAUCCAUAAGCAUGUCUUGUAGAGGAGAACUACUUCCUUAAAAUACAUGGAAGGAAAGAAGUUGAUGAUGCCACUGGCACAGAGGUUUGGUCAUCUAAUGCCAUCCUAAAAUACUGGGUUGGGUAAGAAGAUUCUACCUAAAUAAAAAAUUAGAGAUCACUCAGCUGAAUUUAGCACCAAGAACUGUGUUACAAUUUUAGAGAUUAAUUCCCAGUAUUUACCUUCAGUUGGCAUCUUGGGGCAUUUAUUUAGUUUGGACUUUCUUCCCAUUUCAGCUCUUAAUAAAGUCUUUACCUUCUCUGUGGAGAGUUUGAAGCCCAAAUAAUCAUUUUUCACUUUGAUAUUCAAGAAUUGAAAUAGAGACUAAGGGAGUAUCUGACCAAAUGGAAAAUAAAACAGUUAAGACAAGUUGUAACCCUGAAAAACAUUUAUAUUUGGUACGUCUCAAGGAGCCUUCUGGGGACUAAGAACUAAGUCUUCAGCGGGGAAAAGACCCAAGCUGAAGAUAGUCCCUAUUUCAAUCCCCUGAGAUCCACUGAUACUUAGAAGCUUUGAUAGGAAAAUUAUGUAGCUCUAAUCUUUUACACAGAGCAGAAUAGCAAUCAACUAAUUAAUUGUCUGAUUUUUACCCUCCUCCCCCUGGGAAAAUCAGUAAUCUUUCAAAUAAUGUCCUAUGUUUGGCCAAGUGAUUUUAAAAGAACACUUGGAAACUCGUUUCUGUUUUAAUUUUAUUUGUCUCUGAUGGAAGUCUAGAAGAAAAGGCAGAGAAUCUAGGGUUUAUUCCUUUUUCCGAAAUAUUUUCAUUCUCUCCCCUCCCUAACGCUUGGUGUUUCCCCCACAGAGUGCCUAGAAUCUUAAUAAUGAAAAAAAAAAAUUAAAAUAGCAAUAUGUGACAAACAAAUCCAGACCUGAAAAGGUUUAUAACUGCACUGAAAAAGAGAGGCUUUUUUUUUUCAUUUUGUUGGUUUUUAAUGGUCACGUGUUAUGAAAAUACCCACUGAUGGACAAUCAAAUUGUAGAAAAUGCAUAAUAUCCAAGAGACGGGGACUAAUACACUGUACAAUCUGCUUAUCCUCUCCCUUCUUUCUCUCUCCUUCUCUCUCGCCCAAGUGUGCUUCAGGAUUAUACACUGCUUUAAAAAGAACAUCCUUUUACAAGUGGCUUUACGUUUCCUAAAAUGCCAUAAGAAAAUGCAAUAUCUGGGUACUGUAUGGGGAAAAAAAUGUCCAAGUUUGCGUAAAACCAGUACAUUUCAGCUUGCAAGUUACUGAACACAGUAAUGCUGUUUUAAUUUUGCUUUCUUUUUCAUCACUUAAAAUUCACAAGAAAAUGUAGAUAGAACAAAUUGCAGACAAGGAAAAAAACUUGAAUGAAAUGGAUUUUACAGAAAGCUUUAUGAUAAUUUUUGAAUGCAUUAUUUAUUAUUUGUGCCAUGCAUUUUUUUCUCACCAAAUGACCUUACCUGUAAUACAGUCUUGUUUGUCUGUUUACAACCAUGUAUUUAUUGUAAUGUACAUACUGUAAUGUUAAUUGUAAAUUAUCAGUUCUUAUUAAAACAUCAUCCCACCAUGGGAUGGUGUUGAUAUAUUUGGAAACUCUUGGUGAGAGAAUGAAUGGUGUGUAUACAUACUCCUUGUACAUUUUCUUUUCUCCUGUAAUAUAGUCUUGUCACCUUAGAGCUUGUUUAUGGAAGAUUCAAGAAAACUAUUAAAUACAUAAAGAUAUAUAAAUUUAAAAAACAUAGCUGCAGGUCUUUGGUCCCAGGGCUGUGCCUUAACUUUAACCAAUAUUUUCUUCUGUUUUGCUGCAUUUGAAAGUAAGGUAAUGGCGGGGCUAAGGCUGGGCACUUUACAUCCACGAUUUGAAUCAUUUGGAUUUCCGGCAACAGCUGGAUUUUACAAAACCACAGGCAACCUCUGGAUGAUUCUGAGACCCUUUUGAGAUACAAGCUCCUAAGUACUUCUUGCCAUGAAGCAGGAUUGCAUACAUGAUAUUUUCCCUAUCUGUUCAGGAGCUACUUCACUUAGUUACAUUUGAUUAUUUUCUACUUUCAAACACUCCUGGGAAAAUAUGUUCUUGUCCAGUGAUUAUAAAAGUUGUUUUGACUUGUAAAGCACAUAGGCAAAUGAACUUGGUUUGAUAUUGGGGCCAUAGGUCACACGUGUUGGUUAGUCACUUAUUCAGCAGCGUUCUGUCACAUUAAGAGAAUAUAUAAUAUGAAAAAGGUCAUUUUUAACCCUGGAAUUUUUCUUUAAGAUAACCACAUUUUCUUAUGUAUGUCAAUCCAUGCAUUUAAACACAAAAGUUUUAUAUGAUGCCAAUUCACACAGCAUAAAGAAUUCACCAUUCUCUAGAAUUUGUUUCUGCAAAAUUUAUAUUGCUUUAGAAUUUUAAAAUUUAACUUUGCACAAUGGCCAGCUCCAGAAAGCUAAGGAAAGUCCCCAGUGAAUGACUUGGAAAACUCCUACCACUGCUGCCCAGCCCUCAGAACACAUGUCUUAGUGAAAAGAGAGAUUCUUUUUCUAGGAAAAAUGAGCCUGCUAUUAUUUUAUUUUAUUUUUUUGACACAAACUGUAGAUUUUAGCAGCCCUGGCCCAAAGGAAUUUGAUUACUUUUGUUUUAAACAGUACAAAGGAGACACUAUAAUUACAAAAAACAUCCUUAUUGAUUUUAGUUGUUUUUAUUUCUUUGGAUAUGUUUUCAGAGUGGUAAAUUGUGUGUGAGCAUUACAAAUAAUGAUUCUUUUAGUGGUUUCUUAGCCUCUCUUACAGCCCAUGGGGAUAGUACUGUACAUCAAUACCUUCAUAUGAAAUUUUUAUAUGCAAUGAAAAUAAAAGCAUGGGUUGAUUCUGCCU